UAACAAGCACAGCUUCUUCGACAUGGAUCUCAUCAGAGAUACCACCUCGCCAUAUCCCCAGAUGCUCCCCACCGCCGCACACUUCGCCUCCUGCGUAGCAGACCUAGGCAUCAAAAAGGACGACGUGCUAGUCAUCUACGACGCCGUCGACGUGGGGAUCUACAGCUCGCCGCGCGUGGCGUGGAUGUUCCGCUUCUUCGGUCAUGAGGCCGUGCAUGUCUUGAAUAAUUUCCGGGUGUAUGUGCGGCUGGGAUACCCCGUUGCCAGUGGGGAGAUGCGGCCUCUCCCGUCCGUGGACGAGUACCCUGUUUCUCCGCCGGACAGCGACCGGGUGAUUUCGUUUGAUGAGUUGAGGGAGCUGAUUUUGGCUCGUGAGGACGGGUUCCAGAUUGUGGAUUCGCGGAUUGCGGGGCGGUUUAGCGGGGAGGAAGACGAGGCGGUGGCUGGGUUGAGCUCGGGGCAUAUGCCGCGGGCGGUUAAUGUGCCGUUGGCGGCGAUGCUGGAGGAGGAGUCGAGCACGAUUUUACCGGUGGAGAAGCUGAGGGGCACUGGAUUUAAAAAUCCAAGGCGGAUCUACGAUGGGAGUUGGAUGGAGUGGGCGAGGAGGGUGGAUCGGCCGGAGUUGAUUGUUAAGGAUGUGCAUUGACUGGUAGACUGCAUAGAAGCUAUAUCAUGAAGAUGUCGGAUCCUCGAUCCAAUUGUGUAUCGCUCGGACCACUUCGUCGCUGUUCUUCUCCAAGAACAUCAUAUGCCC